AGACUCUAGAAUCAACUGGACUCCCGUAAGAGCCGCCUUCUUCCACCUCAGUGUGGCUCGCACUUUCCGGUGCUUUCCUGUAAAAUUAACGCAAAUUGGGAUUUUUCUGUUCAGUGUGUUUCAGAGUUUCAAUUGCUAUCUUCAAUCCCUAAUACAAACCCUAGCAUUAGCAACCGCUUGAUUGGCUUAUACAUUUCUUCAUCUCUUCCAGAGUCUUCACCAGUCGUGGUUAUGGCGGACUCAAUCAUCACUUCUGAUACACCAUCCUCUUCGUCCCAUCUGAAUCCGUCGUCGUCGCGCAUAAUCUGCCACGUAUGUCAAAAGCAGUUUUCACAAUAUACUUGCCCUCGAUGUAACAGCCGGUAUUGCUCCCUUCAGUGUUACAAGUCUCAUAGCCUUCGGUGCACUGAAUCUUUCAUGAGAGAGAAUGUAGUGGAGGAGCUGCAGCAUUUGCAACCUGAUGAUGAAUCUAAACAGAAAAUGCUGGACAUACUAAAAAGAUUUCACUCAGAGGAAGAUAUGGAUAGCAUGGAUGAGGAUGAUUCAACUUUGUCAGAGGAGACUGUCCAAAAGUUUUUGUCUGGAGGUCAACUCAGUUAUGAUGAUUUAUCUGCUGAAGAAAAGAAACGUCUCCAAAGAGCUAUGGCUUCUGGAGAGCUGAGUAAGUUUAUAGAGCCGUGGGAUCCAUGGUGGUUGAAACCCUCUGCUAGGACAAUCUCUCUCAGCCAGGAUGGAACCCAGCUUGUCCAACCACUUAUCAAUCAAGAAACAGUGAUAUCAAAGCAAGAGUAUAAGGAAAGUGAUCAAUCCCAUGACAUUCCACCUGGCCCUGAAACACCACUCCCCCCAGUCAGCAAGCUCAGCUCAACUGAGCCAUCCCCACUAUUAGCUGUUCACCUAGUUGACAUCAUAUAUAGCUACUGUUUCACCCUUCGCCUCUACAAUGGGGAUUGGCAGUCAGAUGCCAUAGGCUCAGCCAUGGACAUUUUGAGUAUAUCUUCUGUUUUGGGUCAAGGUGGGCAGCCAGAAACUGUUUCGGAAGCUCUGUCUUGUUGCUUGGAGAAAACUUGCUCCCCUGAUUUCAAACACAUGGGUGGCUUGCAGUUUGGUCUUGCUCUUCUGGAUGAUGUCAUAAGCCUACUCUACCUUGGGGGCUCUGCUUUAGUAUGCUUGCUCUGUGAUUUGCAGAGGCUGAUUCAGGCUGCAGAGAGGGAAUUGAAGUUGGAGAAACCAAGAAAGUCGAGAAGAGCGGAAAUCAGGAGUAAGCUCAAGCUUGCUGAGAGGAAGACCUUUUUUAUGAUGUGUUGGGUCCACGAGCAGCCAGGGGAAGCUUGGGCUUCCUUGGCAGCUAUUGUUAAGGCAGAGAAGGGUUCAGCUAUGGAUUAUGGAGGCAAGAGUAGUGGUGCUCUGAAAAUGGAGGACAAAGCAACCACGGGCAAGGUUGUGAUUGAGGAGAUUGAGUGAGCUGCCAUGUCUAAUGAUUUUCCAUUUCCCACUUUCCUGUUUUGAGUGAGAGGUGGGAUUUUUUGUGGAUUCAUUGGCGGGAUGUGUAUAUCUGUUGUAGCAUUUGUUUGCUUACCACAUUGAGGAAGGAACAACUUUCUUAAUGGCCUCGUUUGUUGCUGAAAGGACAACACGUAAGAUGCCGAAAGUUGAAUUUUGAGUGUAAUGUUGUAGACAUUUGAUUAGGACUGACCUCUGCAAGUGUCUAUUUUUGGUAGUAGAUUGUUCAGAAUACCCUAUGGAUCUAGUUGAAUGUAAUUCAGUAUCCCAUUUCACAACUCACAAGGUACCAAUUUUUGGAAAAUAGUUCAGCAAGAUGGAGGCGUGUAAACUCUGGACCUAUGAACAAGUGAUAGACUUACGUUUAUGGUUCACUGCAGUGAUAUUGUAGAUAGGUUACACAUGCAGUAGGUUAAUUUCUGCCCAACUGUAUGCAAUGGAUCUGACUUGAAAAAAUGUCAUGCUUCUAUUGUUUGCUAUCAAGUAA